AGUUCUCAGACCGUCCAUUUAGCUUAAGGUGGUCUAACGGAAGAAAACCACAGCUGAAGACAGGCUGUCACGUUUUGGUUUUUUUUAUUUGGGGGGAUCCACUGUGCCAUUUAUAUAUUAUUUAAUAUCUAAACAAAAAUGAUACGUCACAAAACAUUUGGAUUUCUUCUUAUUUGUCUAACUACGCUGUUGGGCUUAAGUAAACAACAGGUUAAGGCCGAUCUAUUUCCGUUGUCAAUUAUACAUAUUAAUGAUUUUCACGCCAGGUUUGAAGCCACCGAUACUUCGGGCGGUACAUGUGAUGAUAAUGAAGUUUGUAUAGGCGGUUAUGCUCGCACUGUUUAUACAGUUAAGCGUCUCUUGGAAGAACAAAAGGAUACGAACGCAGUUUAUUUUAAUGCUGGUGAUAGUUUUCAAGGUACUUUGUGGUACAAUAUUGGACGCUGGAAUGUAACCAGUCAGUUUUUGAAUAUGUUACCAGCUGAUGCAAUGACACUGGGUAAUCACGAAUUCGAUCAUGGCGUAGAAGGCGUUGUCCCCUUUUUAGAGUCACUUAACACCACUAUGCUCGUAGCUAAUAUGGAUUCUACAAAUGAACCUGAAAUGACUGGAAAAUAUCAAAAAUCUAUGAUUAUUGAGAGAAGUAAUCGUAAAAUCGGUGUUAUAGGUGUAAUUUUGGAAACAACUUAUGAUUUAGCCAAUACUGGUAAUUUAAUAUUUCGCAAUGAAAGUGUAACUAUUGUAGAGGAGGCGGAGAAACUUAAGUCCCAAGGUGCCAAUAUUAUUAUUGUUAUCUCCCAUUGUGGCUAUGAAGUUGAUAAACUGAUUGCCGAACAUGCCGGUGCAGAAAUUGAUGUUAUUGUUGGUUCUCAUUCGCAUACGUUCCUCUAUACCGGAGAUAAUCCUCCAGGACCUGAUAAACCAAAGGGUGAUUAUCCAACACAAGUUACUCAUGCCUCUGGUCACCGUGUUCUAAUUGUACAAGCUGGUGCUUAUGCUAAAUAUGUUGGCAAUUUAACGGUUUAUUUCGAUGACGAUGGCAAUGUUGUUGAUUUUGAAGGUGCUCCCAUUUAUAUGUCUAAUAGUGUGCCGGAAGACGUGGAAGUAGUGGAUGCCUUACAGCCAUGGAAAGUUGAAAUUGAUGCAAAAGGUAAAGUUGUAGUGGGAGAAACUUUGGUUGAUUUAGUAAAAUAUCCCUGCAGCAGCGAGGAAUGCAAUUUAGGAAAUUACUUCUGUGAUGCCAUGGUUCAUGCAUAUUUGCAUUUGGCUCCAUAUGAAGACAAAGCUUGGACUCAAGUACCCAUUGGUUUAGUUAAUACAGGUGCUUUAAGAGUUCCUCUAUAUCGUGGAAAUCUUACCUAUUCCCACAUUGUUGCCAUGUCGCCGUUUGAAAACAUAUUAACUGCUUUCGAUUUGCCCGGUGAACGUUUAUUGGAAGCUUUAGAAUUUGGCGCUAGUAAAAUUGAUUAUGACAAGGGGGAAAAUAGCUCCUAUAUCUUUCUACAGGUAUCAGGUUUAAAAGUAACGUAUGACUUUAAAAAGCCCAUGUAUGAACGUGUUGUUGACAUGAAAGUACGCUGUGGUAAUUGUUCCUAUCCACGUUAUGAACCUUUCGAUAUAAACGCAACAUAUCGUAUUGUAGCUCCAAAUUUCCUACAAGAUGGUGGUGAUGGUUACUAUAUGUUCCGUGAUUAUGGUACUAAUGUACAGCCUUACAUUACCGAUUUGGAUGCCCUUUUAAUGUACACCGAAAAUAUUACACCAAUUGUUACCGGCGUUGAGGGCCGAAUUAAAGUACUUUAAUAGAAACUGAUGAGCAUAUGUUAAAGUAAAUUAUAAUUUUUAAAGUACUUAUAAUAAUUUUGUACUUAAUAAUAAAUAACAGUAUUUUUUAUAUAAACAUA